AAUACAGAUCGCCUCGCCCUGCAAUGGAGGCCCUCAGCCCAGGGAUCAACAUACAUAAGAAAAAGGAUCCACAUGGCAACGAUCCGCGACGAGGGGCCUACUGAUUUGUGCCAGCAUGGCAUCCAGAGGGCUUUGCACGCGAGUGUUUUUGUUGCUGUCCCUGCUGGUUGCCAGCGCAACCCUGGCCACUGGCUUCUUUGGAAUGCACUACAAGGUCUUUCUGGACCUCUUGGACUUGCCCAAAUUCCGGGAUGAGUUCCAUCGCUGGGGCUAUGAUGAGACAACAGUCAGAAGUGCCCUGAAAGCCCGUGGAAAGGAGUAUGCUACUUUCCUUCGGCUUGGUGCCAGUGCUGUGGUCCUUACCUUUGCAGUGGGGCAGGGAUUUCGAGGCAUUCUAUUGGCACCAGUUUGGGCAUCGCUGGUGGCGGCCGCUUUUUCUUGGCUUCUGGUGCAAGAUGUUCGUGCCAUGGUGCUCUACGUAGUCGUGCUUAUAGAGAAAUGCUACCUCUCCGAAGUCAUGCCUUUGGGCCUGGAGCAGAGUGGAAAGGAUCUCACGAAGAGGGUUGCACGCUUGCCGAAGGAUAUGCCCUUCGCGCCUUCUGUCGGCGAUUUGCUGGCGCUGCAAAGACUAGGAGUGCUCCUAGCAAUGUGCUUCAUGAUUUGGAUGUUGCUUCAAUGGUACCACAAGAAGGAGAAGAAGGAAUGACCAGGAAAUUCAUUUGUUGUACUUUAGCCCGCCCUAGUUACUCCGAAGCAGACAAAGAAAUAUACAAUUUCUGCUUUGAGCUUGGUGCUUGGCCAAGCUGCAAUGCGCAAAUGCAAUACUGUAAAUACAAAACGAAUGCCGAGAGGUUUGAGAGCUGGUGCAGUACUGAGUAAAGAAAA